UUAGAUUGUCUAAUAUGUCUGAGAAAAUACAAGAUGAAGAAAUUGCAUAUACAAUUAAUGCAGGUGCGAAUUCUGAAAACAAAAGAUAUUUGGAAGGAGGUCCUUACGGAGACGGUCCGAGUAAUACCCAACAAACCCACCGAGACGGCGUCGUUAUUAUAUUGAAAGGCAACCAGGAUUCCGCGGCUACUUCGGAAUGCAGCGAAGACGAUUUAUACGGUUCCUCGAAUUACCAUUUUCAAAAAUUAAAAAUACUAAGACACAAAGUUGAAUCGACGCACCCUUUUAAUUUUUCUUUCAAAAAACUCGAAUCGGAAUCGAAAAGUAACAUCUUAGAUUUAGAAUACAAUCCUCCGAAGAAAAAAUCUUGUAUCAGAGUGAAGACGCCUAAACUAGAAUCGGAAUGUCAUAUACCUUAUCAUACUCAAAUUAGUAUACACGAGAAUUUGUUCAAAAAUACGGUUGAACAAACGGAAAGUGAAUUAAAAUCGAUCGGGGAUAAACAGAUGGUUAGCAAAGAGGUGCAAUGCUACGAAAACGAGCUGGAAACGACGAAAAAACUCGAAGAUAACACGUUAAACAUCAACUUAUUUCCUAAUGUGAUUAUUAAUUAUGAUCGUUCGGCGCAAAUGCGAACUUUGAGCAGUGAUACGAAUAGCUCGAAAUCGAAUAAUAAUAUUAUUUUACCUAAUUACGUACAAGAUAAUUCCUGCGAUAAUUGCAGUCCGGUAACUAGUACAACGAUUAUUGAAAACGGAAAAAACUCGAAAUACAAACCGAUGUUUCAGUAUAUAACUUAUAGGAAGGAUCCUUGCAGGGCUAAAUCGACACCGAUCAAAGUGAAAAAUAUGAUACCUUUUGGACCGGUCGUGUUACAAAAUUCUGAAAAAACCCAAAGAGUCGAUAGUAUUUUUUAUCUAUUCGAUUCGACUUCUGCUUCGGAAGAUGAUAAAUAUGAUAAGGAAAUUUUUUGCGAAGAAACCGAACGUUCGGAGGGACGUCCUGUAAUUUUAAAGGGGGAUGAUAGUGUUUGCUACAGGUUUUGUUGGUAUUUCAAAAGAUUUUUCGGUUUUUUCCGUAAAACUAUACGUAAACAAAAAGUUAUUCUCAACGAAAUAAUCUGAUAUAACUUUUAUAUUACAUUAAAUAUAGUUAUUUAAGUUUUAAUAAAA